AAAAUCUGAAUCUGAAACAUCAAAAAGAUUGGUAACUGUAUAUAUGUGUUUUCUAGGGUGCGACAAGGUCGAGACGGAGGUGGCGCGGCAGCAGGCCCCGGGAUUCUGUCCUUACUGCGGCGGAAAGGUGCAAGCAUUCGACCUCAUUAGCCGCUGCCGAUUUUGUUUUCUUCCCAUUGGCUUCAGAUUCAAGCGCAAGUACUUCUGCUCCCUCUGCUCCAGACGCCUUGUCUUGUACCAUUUUUAGCUCGAAAUUGUUUGGGUUCUCUACAAUUUUGGAUACUGUAGUUUUAGUUUUAGAUAUACACGUUCUCUAUCUAUCUUUAUUUUAGUGUUUGAGUUUCUUGCGAAAUGAGUAAUUGUAUUUUGUUUGUA